AUGCCUGUCAACAGCUGGAUUUGCAACUCCGGCCAGAUUUCUACUCGCAGUCAGGUGAAUAGUAUGUACGGAGGCUCACCCAAAAACCGCAGGGCACCCAGCUUCGGUUUGACGGCACACCCAGAGAAUGCCAUGGAGGGCACCAAAGAUUCAAAUGUUGAGCUUACUGAGUCGCCUCUGACAGAGAAAGCAAAACAGGAGGCUGAUCCGCCUGCUGUGAAAUUACGCCUGCCAAUAAACAAAGUGGAGGACGAUGCUUUUGCUAAUGUGCAUGAAUGGGCAAAGAACAACGAGAAACGCCGGAGCAGUGUCUUUGCAUUGCUUAUGACCUUGGCGAAGAAUCGAUCAUGCACAGGAAUUUCCCGAAGUACUCAGAUCCUGUAUUUCCUUGUGUUUGUGACAAGGUACUUGGAUCUAAUGGAGGAGACGCAGGCAUUCUAUUUGGUAUUCUUCAAAAUCACGUACAUUGUUACGUCAAUCAUUGUUCUCGCGAUUUUCUACAAGCUUGAAGCUACUUAUGAGCGCCAGAAGGAUACGUGCAGUUUGGCAGUCAUUCUGAUCCCUUGCUGCGUUAGUGCCGUCCUUCUUGCCAAGACGUCUCAAAUCACAGACAUUUUCUGGACAUUCUCGCAGUUCUGCGAGGGGUUUGCUAUGGUACCUCAGUACGUGUUUUGCUACAGAGAUAGAAUGGCCAAGGACCUUGGUGUGACCUUUUAUGUCCUCUCAAUGGGUGCGUACAGAUGCUUCUACGCAGCCAAUUGGAUAUACAAGAAGGAGCCCAGAACCACCAACAAUAGCUUUUUGACACAAACCACAGCUGUGCGAGUCCUUCCGGAGCUUUUGAUGCUUGCGAUGAGGCAACCGCGAGGCUCUGGCGGCGUGCGGCCCAAGAGAGUGACCCCAGCGACCGCAGCUCGGAGUAGUGUUGCGGAGAGCACAUGUGGGUCACUGUCGGACUAUGUCAAGGUGCGCACGGUAGGCCGUGGCAGCUUCGGUGAGGCUUUGCUGGUGAAGCACCGCAGCACUGGACAGCUGUCGGUCCUGAAGCGCGUGCGAUUGGAGGUGAUCGGCAGCGGUAGUGAUGCCGCUGCGGCGGAGAGUGCUGCCAGAGAAGCUCAAGUCCUGCACCAGCUCCGCCAUCCACAUAUCGUGGAAUUUUUGGCCGCGUUCGUAGAUAGCUCGCGAGACUCUAGUGGCGGCACUUUGUGCCUUUUGAUGGCAUUUUGUGAAGGUGGCGAUCUUCAGCAUCGCUUGCAAAAAGUCCGACAGGAGUGCAGGAGGCUACAAGAGCAGCCGGCGCUUCGUUGGUUUGAUGAACUAUGCAGCGCGCUUGCCUAUGUGCAUCAGCGCCAAGUUUUACAUCGAGAUCUAAAGCCCUCGAACAUUUUCCUCACUGGCCGUAGCAGUGGCAUUGCCAAUUUGAUCAACGAGGAGGAGUCUGUGGCCAUUGGCGACUUCGGUGUCAGUCGACCUUUGACACACGCCAUGGAGCUGGUGACCACCAUGGUGGGCACACCGUGUUACCUGAGCCCAGAGGAUCGCUUUCAAGGCAUGCAGCUGUUGGGUGUUUUCGUGAAGUGCAGACAGAUGACAAAGCCUGCAGGUACAAUGAAUGAGGAGCCUGUGCUCACACAAAAAGGCCAAGAGCAAGCGAGAGAGCUGGGUAAAUCGGCCUCUGGAACGUCUCUCUUGGACUCCAUGCCGUGUUGCAUCGUGUUGCCGUUUCAAGGUGCAGCUUCCGGGGCAAAGUGGCGCAAAGUGCAUCCCACACAGGGCGACGCUGACGACCGCUCCAAAACCUCACAGCCACAACCUCCAAGCACGGCCGAUGAUGAAGCGCUGGCGCGCUCUUUGCAGGAGCAGCAAGAUGCUGAAGUCGCUCAGAUGCUAGCCCGUGCCGGCAGCGGCAAUCUAUCGCUGCCUGCGCAGCAGAAGGUGGUUGCUAUGCAAUGUGGAGUGUGCGGAAAUAGUGUGCAGGUGCAGGUACCAGCAUCAGCUCAGCCUGGCUCUACCGUCCAAGCAGCAUGUCCACGCUGCACGGCGGAGAACAGCUUCACACUUCCAUCGUCUUCGCCUUUUCCCAAUGGUUUUGCGCUUCCAGGUCCAGGACUGUCGGCUCCACCAAUGAUGGAAGAGGGCAUCAAUGAUGAGCUUUUGCAUGUGGCGUGUGAGAUGGGAAAUCGUGCCGUUGAGAUGAUGGUGGACACUGGAGCUCAAACAUCAGUGAUCUCGAUGCCGCUGGUGAGAACGUUGGGCUUGGAGUCGCGGCUGGACAGUCGAUACCAAGGAAUGGCUGCUGGAGUCGGCACUGCUAGAAUUCUGGGCAAGCUGCGGAGUGUGCCAGUGAAGAUUGGUCAUGUGGAAUUUGCGCUGGAUUUCUCCGUUCUGGGGGUGGACCAACCACUCCUCCUGUUGGGGAUAGAUCAAAUGGAAUGCCUGAUUUUCGGUGGUGCAGAUGGCGUGGAAGUUCCCUUCCUUCCAUCGGACUCCAGACGGCGUCCGUCAUACAGACAAGCUGGUUGUGCUCCAAUGUAA